AUAGACGCUUUCCCCAAAUUAAAUCAUUCACACCCGUAAAGCCCUAGAAAUUUCAAGAAGGCGAAAAUGGCGAGACCUGCAAGGCAAUUGGCAACGUCUUCAAUGGCAACGACCACCACUACCAUAACCUUAGAGAACCCAUCUCCGCCGCAGACAACAACCCUAACAUUGACGCUCAAUCCAAGGAAGAAGAAGGUGACAUGGAAAGAAGGCACCGUCGAUAACGAGUUUCUCCAAAAGAAGAGCUCAAAAAAAUGUUGCAUCUUCCAUAAACAAAAACCUUUCGAUGAAGAUUCCAGCGACGACGAGGAUUGUCACGAUCAUCAUCAUGACCAUGAUUGCAGCGGAUCGAAGAAGGAUGACGACGGAGCAUCGACGAGCUAGGUUAUUUCUAUCCGCUUUUGAUACUAUACAGUUUGUAAAAUCUAUGGGUUUUUGCGAGGGCUAAAACUUCUCGGGAAAAUUUUGUGUAUAUAGAAACCUAAACAUGAUUCCAAUAUAUCGAGUCGGAUGCUCUAGAUCUGAUUACGUAUUGGAGUUGGAUUUGUGUGAUGUUCCAGCAUAUUGAUUGGAUUUUGUAUUCUAUGUGGCUGUUGAAUGAAUUUUGAUUUCUAGA